AUGGGCCGUGUUCUCUGGCUUGAUGGACUCCGGGGUGUUGCAUCCGCCAUCGUAGCGGUUUAUCAUUUCAAGACCUACGAGCCCAAAGCCGUGUUUGGGUUUCUCGCCAGCUCGUACUGGGAUGACCCACGUGAAGAGAACCGCCGGCUACUUCAGCUGCCCCCUGUCCGGCUGUUAUUCUCCGGUGCAUCCAUGGUGACACUGUUCAUGGUAAUAUCGGGAUAUGCCAUCUCAUUGCCCUUGCUGAAAUCCCGAGACGACACCCUUGGAGCAAAUUCUGCAUUCUUUCGUCGUUUAAGCUCCGCGUCUACACGUCGCAUCUUUCGCAUUUACCUUCCCUCUAUUGCUAUUUUAUUCAUUACGCAACUGUUAUAUUUCCUCAACCUCUGUCAAUGGGAACCCCCGAAUGAUGAUUACAUCUGGGGACUGAGGCCAUUGUCAAAGCCAUGGUCACACUUACUCUACGUCCUGUGGAGUACUAUACAUCUACUAGAUAUCAGCAAUCACCGACCUGAUAUGAAUUUUGUCAAGAACCGAUCGGAUAUGGCAACUCUAAAUUACCAGCUUUGGACCAUGCCGGUUGAGUUUCGUGGCUCAUGUGUUCUCUAUCUGCUGAUUCUAACAUUUUCAUUUUGGAGAAUGCAAACACGGCGUUUCGUUUUGGCAACAGUAUUCAUGUACUGGUUUUACGUUGGGCAAUGGGAUCUCUUCGCCUUUGUCGCGGGAGCUUUUCUCGCGGAGGGACACGUCGUACUUGAGCUGGUCGAGGCAGAUGGUGAGCUGGAGCUUCCAGUGGAACAGCACAAGUCCUGGAACAGAAUCGCAAAGACCUUCCUUCAAAAAUCGAAAAGCAUGGAGUGUUUCCGCCAACUUCAAAUAGCUGCCUGCUUCAUUUCCGGAAUAUACCUCCUUUGCAUGUGCCACGUCACGGUUGAAGAGACGUCGCCUGAAUACAAAUUCCUGCUUUCAAUUCAGUCACCGGGUUGGGAUCACCCCGAGAUGUUCUCAAGAUGCUGGCGGAGCGUUGGGGCUAUCCUCACUAUAUAUGCAAUCAGCCAAUCCACUGUUCUUCAGAAGCCAUUCGACUCACGGCUAGUCCAAUUCCUGGGAAGAAUAUCAUUCCCGCUCUAUCUCGUUCAUCCAACAGUUUAUCUUGUCAUCAAGCAACCAGUUCGAAAUAUUCUGUGGUAUAUUAUUACACAGUCCUCGUACCCAGGCACUAUUGAAGCAAGUCAAGACGGUCUAGCAUUUGGUGUAGCUUGGGCUGGCGCUUUAAUGACAUCUCUCGUGCUCAUGGUUUUUAUUUCGGACCUUUGGGAGCGCUUCAUUGACAUGAAUUGCUUGGCACUUGCACGGAAAUUCGAAAAGUGGGUGACAAAAUGA